CCUUGUUCCUUUCUCUUUCAGAAUGGAGGAGCGGCGAGUGGCAGAUUAUUUUGUUGUCGCAGGGCUGCCGAAAAACCCAUUGCCACUUGGGGACUUUUCUUGUGAUGGUGCACCCCUAAAGUCCACACACAAUCUCCCUCCAAUAACUGACAUAACUGUCAUUAAUCGCUCUCUAGGGGAAGUCACACCUGAUGGAUACUUUUGUAUAGAACUUACACCAUCAGGUCUGGUAGCCAAUCUCAAUCAUGGAGCCUUGCGUUCUCCCGAAAUGUUUUUGUGCUAUAGGCGUGGGAGGGAUAAGCAACCUCUUGUGGACAUCGGUGUAUUAUACGAGGGUCGUGAGCGUGUUAUGGCCGAUUCUCAGAUUGUAGAAUUUACACAUGGAGGACGCAACGCAAACAUCAACCCUUCUGGCCAGACCACCUAUAUGACAUACAGAAGAGCCAGUGAUACUGCAGCUUGCAAUGAACUUGUGGUGUCUGACAUCUGUGUCGUCAUGACCAACCGUGGUGACCAAGCCCCUCACUCUUAUUGUACUAUAGACCGAAAUUUAAAUAAAGGGACUGUGGUUGGGUCUGACAUCUAUGUAUGCUACAAGAAAUCCAUGAACCGUUCCAAUUACAUUGCCUACAGGGCAGGAAUAAUGGAUAGCUUCCCUUUUCAUCACCAUCCUGAUUUUCCUAUCCCAACGGACUUGGCUCUCUUUUGCCUUCCCAUGGGGGCUACGUUAGAGUCCUGGCCUGCUCGAGCCUCAUUACCUCAGCCAGUUUUCUCCACUUUUGUACUAACAGUCACAGCUGGAGAAGGAAACACAGAGGCAGUAGAGAAGGUCUACGGGGCAGCAAUAUCAUUCUAUGAGAAAUACUCACAUGAUCAGCUCACCCAGGAGCAGAGAGAGUCUCUGAAGCUGGAUGAGCACUUUGGAUGGCAUAAUAUUGUUCAUACAAACAAGUGCAUAUGCAUUUUGUCCCGUUGGCCAUUCUUUGACACAUUUGAAAAGUUCCUCAGAUACUUGCAUCACAUGGCAAUUGGUGGUUCAUAUAGUGUACCCAUAGAGAGAUAUAUUUAUCAUUUUGUUGAGAGUGUGCCAUUCCCUAGUGCCCGGAGACCAAGAAUCCUCGUACAGUUGGAUGCUACAGAACGAAUAUCCUUGGCCCAGCCAGAAGAUUCACCUAUAAGCCUCAGCGGAGCUAAAUUUCGUCAGCUUGUUAUGACGCUCCGUCCUGAGGGCUGUCUCCUUGUUCUGUUGUUCGCUCUUACUGAACAGAAGAUUUUGUUGCAUUCUUUACGACCAGAUGUCUUAACUGCUGUGGCUGAAGCAAUUACUAUGAUCAUCUUCCCAUUCCACUGGCAGUGUCCUUAUGUACCUUUGUGUCCUCUUGGGCUCUCAGACUUCCUAAAUGCCCCUAUUCCAUUUCUCCUUGGUCUUGACUCCAGAUUCUUUGAUCUGUAUGAUCCUCCCACCGACGUCAUUUGCAUUGAUCUCGACACGGGUGCCAUGUCUGUUCCGGAGGACAAAAGACACCUAGUUACAAAAAUUCUACCCCGCCGAGCAACACGGACUCUACGGGCUACCCUAGAGACCCUUUGCGAGAAAAUUCAUAAAUUUGAAAAGUCACUGCAACAGCAUCUCAAGUCACAAAAAAAUGAACCUGAUUCUAGUAUUGACUCUGACUUCAAGAUGAAAAGAAAAGAGCAACAACUAGAUGUUGAGAUCCAGGAGGCUUUUCUUCGCUUCACUGCCACCAUCUUGAAGGGCUACAGUAAUUACUUACUCCCCAUUGUUUCUGCAAAGGCUGGGGCAGCAUGUGAUACCUCAUCUCUUUUUGACCUUGAAGCAUUUGUAAAAUCCAGAGACCGAGCUUAUCACAAAUUCUAUCAGUUGUUGGUGAAUACACAGUUGUUUAGCAAAUUCAUUGAAGAGAGGUCCUUUGUCUCCGAUAAAGAUGCCUCGUUAGCCUUCUUUGAUGAUUGUGCAGAAAAGGUAACAGAAGAUGAUACAACUAUGAGACUACUAGAGGUUGAAGCCACGCAGAGUGAACAUACUAUGUUUUUACCACCACCUGAACCAAUAUAUCUUCCAGAGGGGGUUUUGUAUUCUUACAAGGGUUUUCCCAAGCUGAAUCCAGAGCUCUUUCCAACAGAGGAGCCAAAGCCGGCUCUUCCUGCGCAAGUCAAGCCACCUCAAGCUACCCCUGCCUCCCCUCUUGCCCGCCGCACAAAACAUGAGGUUAAAUCUGCGCAGAAGCUAGCCUCGCGGCAUGCUCAGACACCUAUCCUUUGGGCAAAAUGUUUACUUUCUAGCUGUUACAGUCUCUGGUUCACACAGCUCCCAGCAUUUGCAUCUACGCAGCACCAUAAAGCACGAUUCUUACAACUAGCUUUCAGGAUACUCACUAACAUGCAGAAACUUAAUCUCUCACAAGCCGAUGAAGUUAGUUACCGAGUAAUGAUGCAACUUUGUGGUCAGUACUCACAACCUAUCCUAGCCGUUAAGGUUUUGUGUGAAAUGCGCCAGCAUGGCAUCACUCCCAAUGCCAUCACGUACGGUUAUUACAACCGUGCUGUCAUGGAAAACAAGUGGACUCACUCGAACCUCUUCUGGAAAAAACUCAGGAAUGUUGUUAUUGGUGUAUCUGCUUUCAAACAAUCUGGUUUGGAGCGAGCCCAGAGAAGAAAAUCUUCUCUCUCUCUAGAUGAGGUGGAUAAGUGCCUAACAGAUGCAGACAGUGCCUCACGAGUGUCAUUAGAGAGUGGUGCCUCCAUUGACUCUCAUCCCCCUGCCCCUCAUGCCAAGACCGAUACUCUCAGCUCAGAUCCUGGUUAUUGUUCAGUUAGCGAGACGAGCGAGAGUGUCAGUUCCCCAGGUGCUCCUCCGACAGCAGUGCCAGUAACAAAAGAUAUCACCACUCCUGGAGGAAGCUCUAUCACAGUGUCCUCCUUCUCAUUUCCUCCACCAUCUUGUAAAGACACUAGUGUUCCUACUCAUUCUACUCUCUCCAACUGUAUAUCACCUCUUUCAGCACUCCCUGCCACUACUGGCCCAUCUGGGUCAUCUCUGACAUUGAUGUUGAAAUCUAACUCAAACCAUGGCUUAGACACUCACCCUUCCGUAUCCAUUCCGUCGACUUCCACCACACCCACGAACACUCGUUCCCCUUUGGGUUUAGCCAGUACAAUUGUGUCUUCACAAAGUGACACUCCUUUGGCACCCUCAUCAUGUGCCUCUCUUGCAUCUCCCUCCAGUUCAUCCAUUGUGUCAUCCUCUCUCACUAUGACAUCCAUUACUUGCACCAACAGUACGUCACACGUUCCCUCCACUACUGCCUUGAUGUGCUCUUCAAUGACUCCAUCCAUCAUUUCCUUAUCCUCCUCAUCCUCUUCCUCAUCACUUACUGCAGUGGCAGCAUCUCUGAGCAGUCUCAUCAAUUCAGAUAUCACUGCAUUUCCCUUACUCGCUGUUUCUGAUACUACGUGCAUAAUUCCUUCUUCAUCUUUGAAAAUGCUUAAAACAUCAUCUGUUUCCGCAGUAUCCUUCCCUUUCUCUACGUCAGCCAGUGUUGUCGCUUCUUCAUGCUGCACUAUUGUCCCCUCAUAUACCUCAUCCAUCACCACCACCACAGCCCCCUCUUCAUCCUCCUUCUCCACCUCCUAUGCCACAAGUCGAGCGCUAGACUUCUCUGAAUCUGAUGCGCUUCGUGCAAGACUGGGCAGCAUUGUGAGGUCAUCUGCAGCUAGUCUUGCUGGUGGUGCUGAUCUGCUUAUGAUUGAGUACAAUGUUGCGUUCAGCAGCAGCGCUGGUCUUCUCAUGUCAAGUGCCCUAAACAAUUCUGUGUUCGAUGCUGCAUCUAGAAAAUAGCAGCGACCAUCAGACCCUUGCUGAUGCUCUUUCACCAACCCUUGAUCAAUAUGACAAAAUGAGUGAAGCAACAGCAGUGCGCACAUCCCCAGAAGUUCAAACGCCCAUAGCACAGGAGAAGGUAGUUCCGGAGUAUUUAAGGUAAGGUGGAUGACGUGUAUGAAA